AUGUUAGGCUUCUCUGAUUUUGAGGUACCCGGAGAAGUGCAACAUCAUGGCGAUGGCCUUACAAACUGGCACGAUGACAAUCCACUCUCAGAGCCACCAGUGGAAUUUGACUUUGAGGACUUCUUGAACUUCGAUUCGGAGUAUUAUACAAAUCAAUCGGAUCUUUCCAAUCCCCCUGACAUCACAUGUCCUUCCUUGGCCCAACCAAAAGAUCGCGCGCAUCACCUUCAUCAGCACAAUGCUCAACCUAGUAUUGAAUCUGAGGAAGUUUGGAUACGGCCAAGGCACAGCUCUAUUGUUGGCUGUUCGCCGAAUAGCCCUGUCCACUUACUAAGCUCAUCUUGGGAGGCCAUGCUCCUCACCGAACAUUUUGCUCGAAUUUACCAAACCAUUACCGCGGGAACUGCUUCGAUAUUCCUUGACUAUGACUGUAACCUGUAUCCAGGCAGGUAUCGGUAUCGGUUUGACUUUGCGAUUCCUGCACAUUCAUAUGACCCUUCGUUCACGGCAUUGAGUGUCCUACCACGUGAACCCGCCUCCAUGCCCUUCACUUCGGAGACGUUGGCACCAGAGGUUAUCAAUAGAUCUCCGACUCGACUAAACGCCGCCGGCAGCUGGCAGUCUUCUCAGAUACCAGGAAUGCAUGAGACCAUUCGCGCAAUCACAAUUCUUGGGGCCGUUCGUUUCCUGGACCAUUUUGGUGCGCUCUACGGAAAUAGUCCAAGUACCAGUCUCAAAUGCCAGUCGGAUGAGAUCUUGAAGGAGGUACUCCGGACCUUUUCGUUCCAAUGGCUCGCAACAACCAAUUCCCCACCGGAGUUUAAAGUCAGCAACAGUACAUUUGCUGACUCCACUGCUUCAAAAAGCCUGCCGCCACCACAGUCAUCACUGGCCUUUGUUCAUACGUGGAUUCGAGCUCGAUCAUUGAUCAGAAAUUCUCAAUCUGUCGUCUCUUUUGGUGUCGUGUUCGCAACAUUACUUUUCGACACCAUUAUAGUCCCCGGUGAGGCUUUCGCUGGAUUGGAAGAUGAUAUUAGUAUGCAUGAGUUUCUUGACACUGGCUUCCAAAAACUGGCCUACCUGGAGCAUCUCGUGGAGAAAUAUUGUGACAAUUUAGGAAUGCAGUCUGAACAUGGAGCCCUGAUGGAAUCGAGCCUGAGUAUAGUCCGUUGGUUUGCCUAUCUUCGUGACACGGUAGUUGCCCUGAUGACGGAUCAUCCUUGCAGACUCCAAGAGGUUCAAUGCCACAACAAAGUAUCACCGGAUUCUGGAAUUCUUUCACUUCUGGAGCCAGCACAGAGCCUUGGUCCUCUAGACGAUGCAAGCCUUGCGAAUAUUUGCCGACGAGCAAUACCGGAAACCUUCGCGGUUUGGAGAAAAAUCGUCGCACUUAGGGAGAUGUGCACAAAGCAAUGCGAAGACGUCUGGAAAUUCUGUCCAGGGAGAGAUUCUACUAUAACCACCAUCACAAUCGCGGUAAAUCACUUCGAACAAUCAUUUCGCCCUUUUAUGAACCACUGCAGAGAGAAUUUCCCGAAGCUCUCUAUGGCAUUAAGAAGAUUUGUCGUCUUCCUUGUGGUUUUCUGGGAUCUAGGCAUUCUCGUUCUCGCUGAGAUCCUCAAAGUUUUGUCCAUGGAGAGUCAUCCUUCCAACCAGCACUUGGUCUUUCAAACACAGAAAUAUCAAUGGGAAUCGGCGAUGUCCAUGGCAUAUACAGUCGAGUGUGUGCUCAAUCUCCCCACUGCAGAAGCAUUCAAGCCGUUCAGUGGGCUGGACCCAGAAGUGCCGCUCACUGCAUCACACGUCACACCAACCAUUGUAGUGUUCGCUUUGCAGAAGGCUAUUGAACAGAUUCUUGACGCCAAGCUCUCAUCCGGAAACAAUUUGGACCCAGAUGGGAUCUGGGACCGUGCACUGGGCAUUUUAAUGAAAGGCCUUGCUGCACUGGGCGUGACCGUCGCGGGAUCGAGAACCGCGACCGUGUCCAUGCAAACACUGAUGCGAAGUCAUGGCGACAUCCUGUCGGAGUGCUGGUUCGUGUGA